GCUAUGUAUGACGUCAUUUCCGCCCCGCUUUGGGUGGUGCCAAGAUGGACGCUCCGUGGGCUCGGGAGCAUCUCCGCCGGCGUUACUUGCUGCCCACUGACGCCGAGAUCCGGCUGGACCGCGAGGGCGACAUCGGGCGGGAAAGCUCUGCAACUGUUGAGAAAAAGGAGAAACCUCUUCCAAGACUUAAUAUCCAUUCUGCAUUCUGGAUUUUAGCAUCCGUCAUCUUGACCUAUUAUGUUGAUUUCUUUAAAACCCUUAAAGAAAACUUUCACACCAGUAGUUGGUUUCUCCCGGGCGCUGCCUUGCUGCUCGUCAGUUUAUCCGUUGCGUUUUACUGCAUUGUCUACCUGGAGUGGUACCGUGGCGUUGAGGAAUACGACGUCAAGUAUCCAGCGCUGGUGCCCGUCACAACGGCCACUUUCAUUGCAGCGGGAAUUUGUUUCAACAUUGCUUUGUGGAGCGUGUGGUCAUUCUUCACGCCACUCUUGCUGUUCACCCAGUUCAUGGGGGUCGUAAUGUUCAUCUCACUCCUCGGAUGAGCUGAAGAUCUGAGGACGUGGACAUUUAAAAGGAGCGAUUGGAAGUCCAGCCUGCCGAGCUUCGCAGACCGUGGGAAAGCCGCAGUGUGCUCUUGUGUCUGUGAGGGGAUGCCUGGGACUCCCGGGAGAAACUCUGAAGAUCUGUUGGUGAAAUUAGAAUAAAGUUUAUUCCUUUUGCCCAAAUGA